CGCCCCAAAAAUUUAGAGAGCUCCCCUCUAUACACCCAUUACGAAAAUUGAAAUUCUCCCGAAAAUAAAUAAAUAAAAAUAAAAAUAAAAAAAUAUUUUUUUUUGAAUUAUUUUCUUUUUCUGGAUUUCUUUUCCUUUCUCUGUUGGAGAUGAAUGGAGAAGGAAAAGAAAGUAAGGAAGUGAAAAUGGAGGAAGCAGUUAACAAGGAGCGCGUGGUUUUCAUGUGGGGAUAUUUGCCUGGCGCGUUACCUCAACGGACGCCGCUUUUGUCGCCGGUGAAUGUACGGAUUCCGGCUUCCGCAGGUUGUUCUUGGACCGACGUCUGUGGUGGUGGUUGUGGAUUCGCCAUGGCCAUUUCUGAUUCAGGGAAGCUCAUCACAUGGGGUUCAACAGAUGAUUUGGGUCAAAGCUACGUCACAUCCGGGAAGCAUGGGGAAAUUCCAGAGCCAUUUCCACUUCCAACUGAAGUUUCUGUAGUAAAAGCAGCAGCUGGUUGGGCUCACUGUGCUGCAGUUACAGAAACUGCAGAAGUUUAUACAUGGGGGUGGAAAGAGUGUAUUCCCUCAGGGAAGGUAUUUGGUGAUCUACCCAUGGGGACAAGCUUAGAGAAGGAUGUAUUUGAAAGACAGAACUCACUUUUGGCAGAACAAGUGAGCCCUCGGUCUCAAGGCUCAAGAUCAAGUGGUGGGACAUUUUCUGCUGCCGAUAGUAAAGGAGGCGGAGAGGAAGGUACAAAAAGAAGAAGAACAUCAUCAGCAAAACAUUCUGCUGAAAGCUCAUCGUCCGGUGAUGAAACUCUAUCGGCACUGCCAUGUCUAGUAACUUUGAAUCCGGGAGUGAGGAUUGCGACUGUAGCUACCGGUGGGCGCCAUACUCUAGCAUUAUCAGAUACUGGGCAGGUCUGGGGUUGGGGCUAUGGAGGUGAGGGACAGCUUGGUUUGGGUUCCAGGAUACGUAUGGUAUCCUCGCCUCAUCCUGUACCUUGUAUCGAGCCCUCUUCUUUGGGGAAAGAUAGAGCUUCUGCACUUUCUCGAGGUAGCUUGAGUUCAGAAAGGCAGAGUUUUAGAGUUCCUGGAAGUUAUGUGAAGGGGAUUGCCUGUGGGGGGCGACACAGUGCAGUAAUCACAGAUGCUGGAGCAUUGCUUACAUUUGGUUGGGGCCUCUAUGGACAGUGUGGGCAAGGAAGUACAGAUGAUGAAUUAAGCCCAACUUGUGUAUCUUCCUUACUGGGAAUCAGGAUAGAGUCGGUUGCAGUGGGACUGUGGCACACAGUUUGCGUGUCCACUGACGGUGAUGUGUACGCAUUUGGUGGGAAUCAGUUUGGGCAGUUGGGAACUGGAGGCGAUCAAGCUGAGACUCUCCCGAGACUCUUGGAUGCUCCGAGUCUGGAAAAUACAAAUGUUAAAAUUGUCUCGUGUGGAGCUCGUCACAGUGCAAUAAUCACAGAGGAUGGGAAAAUAUUUUGCUGGGGAUGGAACAAGUAUGGUCAGGAUCCAUGGAAGUACAUUUUUGCAUAUCUUUCCCAAUGUUGUGGUGUCUGGCUGAAACUAAAAACUGAAAUCCUGAGUUCUCGGUGUUUGAAACAGCUUGGUCUUGGUGACGUGAUUGACCGCAAUAUUCCAUCUGAAGUUACUAUCGAGGGUUGCAGUCCGAAAAACAUCGCAUGCGGCUGGUGGCAUACUUUGCUUCUGGCUGAAUCACCCACCUGAGAGUACCUUGACCCAGGCCUCGAAACAGUUUUGUUAGGAUGAUUUCGCAUUUUACUUCCAGAAAACUAGGCUGCUGGCUCUCGACUUCAAAUGGAUGAUUUCAGCUUUGUGUUUUUCACUUUCCCGGAAGCCAAACAGGAUUUUUCAUACAGGCAAGUGAAAAAUAAUUUAGAAUGGAGAAAAGACAAAAUAACUGGUUCAUAUAUUAACUGCAGUUUUUUUUCCCACUCAUUUUAGUGUUGGAAUCUCUUUGAAUGUUUAGAAUUCUAGAGUAGAAUUAGGAACUCUGAUAUGAUUAGUUGAAGGGGUAGUUUGUGGUUAAGUUUUAGGGUUUGGCCUUUGAAAAAUAUGGAACUGAUUUGUUUUUUUUAGUUGGUUCCACCAUUAAUGAAUCUUGAUUACUAAAGAAAUAGUAUUUUUUAUUAUCA